AUGCUCAUCUUAUAUGCUAUAUUUUGGUUCACCGUGGCCUCGAGUCAUCCUUUUUCAUCGAGUAUCCUGUGGUACGAUGCCGAAAUUGAUAUGAGUAACAUCGACGUAGUUAUUACCUUGACGAAUGGAUCGACCCCCUACUAUGGGAUAGUGGUGAAUACCGAGGCUGAUGUCCAUAUCAGCAAUAUGGCUAUAACUCUUCCAAACUCAACAGUGAUCAAUACUGGCCCAAUGAUACUGUACAUUUCUACUUAUCAUCAAGAUAUCUAUGAUAUAAUUAUGCCCGCGGCAGGUUUUACUGAAGACUUUAUCAAAUCGUUGGGAAACAACGACGGUCAGAUUAUCAAAGUCAAGUUGCAGUCAAAUAACACAAUAACCCAAUCCUUGGGUCCGCUAUUGGCACCAACUGAUGAUGAUGAUGAUUAUGAGAGCGAUCCGGAAAGGGAUUUUGCAAGCGACCUGGAUGAGAUCAUUGAGAGCAAUAUGAAUUCGACGCCCAUUCCAAUUUACUACAACCCCAGUUAUAAGUCUUGA